CUCAUGGCCAGCAACUUGAUAGCAUUAAAAAGAUAUGAGCUCAGUUUAUAUACAUAUGCAAAUAAAAUUAAUGAUUUAAAAUAAAAAUAUCAGUGAUUGACUACAAAAAAAAAGUAAAAGAUGUUGAAUAAAUUUUAUAAAAUUUCUACGUGUAAGUCACUAUUAAAUUUAUCUAGAUUGAAUUUCAGUGCAAAAAACAUUGCAGCUGUUCGAAAUUUAUCGAUCACGUCCACUAUACUCCAGGAAAAAAAAAUAAAUGUAGAUGGUGUGGAUAUUAAUUAUCUCAAAACUGGAACAGGAAAUCAUCCAAUUCUUUUAUUGCCUGGUGCUGUUGGAACUAUAUGGACGGAUUUCAAGCCACAAAUUGAAGGUCUAGAUAAGACAAAAUUUACAAUAGUAGCAUGGGAUCCACCGGGUUAUGGAAAGUCUCGUCCGCCAGACAGAGUAUUCUCAGACAAUUUUUUCGAGCGUGACGCUAAAUACGCCCAUAAUUUAAUGAAGAUGUUGGGCUUCGAAAAAUUUUCUCUUGUUGGUUGGAGCGACGGUGGAAUUACUUCUAUUAUUCUUGCUGCAAAUAAUCCACAGAGCAUACAAAAAAUGGUCGUACAAGGAUCUAAUGCUUUCAUUCUGCCUCAUGAAAUUAAAAUAUAUGAAAGCAAUAAAAAUAUAGAUACGUGGUCCGAAAAAAUGAGAGCGCCUUUGAUUGCAAUUUAUGGAGAAGAGUAUUUGAGAAAAACUUGGUCUGAUUGGGUUGACGCAAUGAGUAAAAUUUUCAAAGAUCAUGGUGGAGAUCUUUGUAAGAAUCAUGUUUCUAAAGUUAAAUGUCCUACAUUAAUUGUGCAGGGCAAAAAAGAUGUAUUAGUUGAUCAAUCACAUCCUGUUUAUUUGAAAAAUAAUAUUCCUAACUCAAGAGUCGAGAUUUUUGAAAAAGGCGCCCACAAUCUUCAUCUAAGAUAUCCUGACGAAUUCAACAAAUUAAUAACUGAAUUUUUAUUAGAAUAAAAAUAAAAAAUAUUUUUGUUUUUGAUUGGAACAAAACGUGAUAAUCAUGUGAAAUUUUGUUUAAACUUUUAUAUCAUCUGUUUAUGUUAAAAUUUAUUAAGUUCAAACCAACAAUAAGAAUUAAAAAUAAAUGAUUUAAU